ACUGAACUGGAUGAACUCCCCGGCCUAUCCGGAGAACUUUGUCUUGAUCAUGAUUUGUACAGGGAAAAGUGUUCAGAGCAUCAGUCAAAAGCAGUUCAAAAAGGCCCGACUUCUGUACUUGACUUUCCUUGGACUGAGCCUCAUAUUCAUGAGUUUAGUUCAUCUCAGGAUAACUAAGUUUGUCAGGGAGGAAGUACAAGGAAGUAUAAAAAGGGUUGGUUUGAGAUAUAGAAGAAGUGUUGUCAACUACAGACAAUGUUUGAGAAAAGCACUUCAGUUCGUGUUCUUCAGAUUAGUUGGUGAGGUUCUGAUCCUUGUUCUUUACAACAACCCUGAUUUUGCCCAGGAUUCAGGAAACAAGAUUAUCUUUUACUUCUAUCUAAUUAAGGAAGUUCUGAUCAGUGCUGAUCUGGUUUAUAAUUUAAUCAUCUGCAGACGGGAAUAUCAAGUUCUGUGGAGCGAGAGGAAUAUUACUGAGAAGAUUGAAGUUCUUUCCGUCCUAUCAUCACUUCAGGGGGUCUUACCUCAUCCAACAUUAACACCAUUUAUUCGUUAGUUUGAUCAAUCAGACAAAUCUGAUUAAUCAGAUUAAUCAGAUCAAUCAGAUCUAUAAGAUCAAUCUGAUCAAU